CUGACCGGGGGUCAUGAGCGGGGCCGGAGGGCAGGGGAAGCCCAUGGGCAUAGGAAGGGCCGCUCCAGCCGGGCGGGACAGCGGGGGAGCCCUGCCCGGGAGCGGGGGUCGCUCCCCGGGGGUGGCAGCUCAGGGCCCCCCUCAGGCCCUGCGCCCCCGGCCCGUGCGCUCCAAGGCCGCUUGUGCUCCCUCAGGGCCGUGACGGGUGUGCGGCGGGGGAGCCUCCAUGCUGAACGUGACAUCCUUGAAGCCUUCCCGGCUCCACGAAUGCCUGGCAGAGCUCUGGCCCCCAGUCCCCUAUGAGUUCAUCAGUACAGCGUUCUGCUUCGCCCCAGGCAUUUAGCCCCGAUCACAAGAACAGCAUCAUUAGGAGGCAGAGACAGGAGCUCAAGCUUUUAAUUUCAGAACUGAAAGAUCGUGACAAGGAGCUCAAUGACAUGGUGGAAGUGCACGAGAGACACAUCCAGGCCUGGGAAGAUGAUCGCCAAAAAAUACUGACUUUAGCAGAACGAUGCAGCGUGUUAACUAGUGAGCUGAACGAGAGAAAUGCCAUUAUAAAAUCACUGACUAAAAAGUUAAAGUUAUUAGAAUCCCAGCAUAAUGACAGUAAGAUAACACUCGAAAGCACACAACAGAAGUUUAAAGAGCUCACUCAAAAAGUCACAGAUUCAUCUGUUCACUGCCAGGCUCUGGAGGAGAAAAAUCAGAGUCUCCACUGCUCAGUUUUGGAACUGUCAGCUAAAACAGGCCAGCUGCAGGCCAGGGAGCAGGAGCUUCUCUCUAUGCUUCAGAUGAAGGACAAGGCCUUAAUUGAAACAACUGAUCAGAUUACUGAGGUCACCUCUAAAUUUAAAACCCUGGAGAAUGCCCUGCGUACAGCAAAGCUGGAUGAAUUCACUCGCAACAGGGAGCACCAGGACCUCAAGGUGACACUCAACGAUGUCAUGAGCCAAGUAAAUAAGAUGAAAGACAUCCUCUCUGAAAAGAUGAAAGAGAGCAGCAAGAACCAGGAAGAAAUCAGUCACCUGAAACAGGAAAAUGGCUGCUUGAGGAGUGAGCUAAUCCUGGCAGUGGAAGAAGCCCAGAGGAAGGAUCAACUUUUUCAGUUUGCCAAGUCCAAGCAAGUGCGGAUUGAGAGGGAAUUGUCCAGUUUGCGACAGGUCUGUGUGAAACAGCAGCGGGACUUGCACUUCCUCCAUGUCAACUUUGAUAGCUCUCAGGAAUCCAGGCAAAAACUUGAAAAUGCAUCGAGUGGAAAGAGCUCAGGGGCCACAUUCUCUGCCUCUGAAAGCCCCAGCAGCAAGACAGACAAGGGUAGGACUGAGGGCAGCCACGGGAUGUGCGAGGAGUGUGGAACUGCACCAGUUCCAGCAAGUAGGGUAAAAGCCACCCCUGAGAUGUGUGAAGUAGAUAAUAGACAGUUACUGAAUGCUUCAGACUUGGAAACUGCCUCAGCGUUGUUAAACCACUGUCAAAAGGCUGUGAAAGGCUUGGCCCUGCCUGUGGAAGAAGGAGAAAAGCAGGAUGUUACAUCAAGCUUUGAUGAGCUAGACAGUGAAAAAUUUCAUGAGGUAAACAACACGAGGCCAUUGAGAAACAGGGAAAUUGGAGAGAAUGAAGUGAAAAGCAGAGACCAAAAAACCUUUGAGGUGUCUUUGCCUUCAUAUGAUCGUUGGCUUAAAAUCAAAUCUCGUGUAGAUUUGCAAAGCACUUUAAUCCAGAGCAGCACCACGUCUGACAAAACUGAUAAUGGAAACAAAACCUGGGAAGAGAGAUCUGACACUGAGUCUGGCCAAAAAAGCACAGAGACUCCUGCCACUUGCAAGUCUGACUCUGAGUCCAGUAUUAGUAACUUCAUUUUAAUUAAAGACACACAGUGGAAGCCACUCUCAGAUCUGGAAUGGCUGGAGAUUUUCAAGCCCAAAAAGAGAGAUGGAAAUACAAGCCGUGGAAGAGAUUACAGCUGUUUGGAGACUGCACAAGAGAUGAAAUGUACCUGCUCACAAAGUGAAGAAAGCGUGGAUCUGGAUUCCCUCCGCUUGGCUUCUCCUCUCUUGGCAUCCUCUGAGAAGAGCAACAAGACUCAAAGUUCUGGGAAAUUAUCUGAUUUGGAUUCCCCUCUGGACAUCAAUGACCUGGCAGUGACCAAACCAACAAAGAGAUACUGCAUGAACACAGACACCAGUUCCCUGUUCUGGAAGCUGGAGCGCUCGUUGGCCCAGUCCCGACAGAUGCUGACUGAUCUGGAGCUCAGCCUUCUCCACACAAGCAUUCCCAACACCACCAACAAGAACAAGAGGAAGAAGUUGGUUCCAACACAGAGGUAAUUGCGAGGACUGAAGACAUUGACCCAGGAGAUAUAAUGGAAAGUUACCUCAUUUUUUUUUCCCUUGGUCCUCCUGAGUGUUUGAAAGACCCACAAGUGGCAAGAAGAUCUGACUCUGCAGGAAUGUAUUUUAUCUUGAAAUAAAACACAGAAUUAUGCCAAGAUUAACAAA